AAAUAAUUCACAUAGCUUUGAUUAUAAUAAAAUUAGCAUGCUUGUUUUGAAUAUUAAAAAGAUAAAUGAGACAUAAAAAAAACAGGAGGAAACAAUAAUAAAAUAUGUUUGUUGCGUUCUUGGUUCUUUUAUAUUCUUAUGUAUUUAAUUUUAUUUGUCUGUCAAAAUGCAUGUAUUUUUUGUGUUACUAUAAAUGUGAACUAGUUAGUUUUAUAUGUUAUAAUAUGAUUGGUUUACAAAGUGUGAACUAUUUUUUGUGUUACUAUAAAUGCAAACUAAUUUGUUUUAUAUAUUAUAAUUUUAUUUUUCUGUCAAGAUGCAUGUAUUUAUAAGUUUUUUAAAAAGAGUUAUAAUUUGAUUGGUUUUUGAUGUUUAUUAGUUAUUUAUUUUUAUCACAUCUAAAAAUAAAAGGUAACUAUAGAACUAAUUAAUAUUAAUUACGAAAUAACACAUGUAAUCUUAUAAAUAAUGAUUUAUGGUAACUAAUUGUAGAAUUGGAGAAAUAAUAUAUAUGUUUUAUCAAUUUAUUUUUAUUUAUCAAUUAUUUGUAUAGAAUUAAAUAAAAUACUUUAACUUUUUUUACUGAAUUUUUUUUAAUGGUUAUAUAUUCGUAUAUAAAAGAAUUCGAUUUGUAGGUAAAAUAUUAUUAGAACUUUUUUAUGUUUUCUAAAGUCCACACAAAAACAUUUACAAAAUAUCUUCAUGAUAAAAAUAUCCGAUCAUCGUAUUGGUCCUACAAAAAAAAACUCUUUUUUUUAUUUCUUGAAAGCUAGAGUAUUUUCGGUGUUUUCACGUGUUAAAAUAAAAUAUAUAGUAAUUCUAUAACCAAUUAUCUGAAUUAAUUAUAAUAUUAUUUUUCUCUAAGAGAAAUAUUUGUAAUGACUAAGGUUUACGUUGUUGAACUAUUUUAAAUCUCACUGAUCUUCUAAAAAUAUAUACUGAAAUUUUUGAUUAUCCAACUAUUUAAAAUUUAAAAUAAAAUUUUUAAAUUUUAAUUAUUAUUCAAAAAUUAUAACAAUGUAAACAUAAUAUACAUUUCUUCAUAUAAUAAAAUUACCCGCAAAAUUGGAGACAAACACCUAGUAAAAUGUUUAAAUUUAAAAGGACAAAUAUUAAUUUUUUUUAAAAAAAAUUCAAAAACGAUUGGAAAAAAAUGAUGCCACUAACAAAACCCUAAAUCUUAAAUUUUGAACCCAAACUCUAAACCCUAAAUACUAAACUUAAACUCUAAGCCCUAGAUCCUAAACCCAAACUCUAACCCUAAAUCCUAAACUGAAACUCUAAACCCUAAAUUCUAGAUCAUAAACCCAAACUCUAUACUCUAAACCCAAAUCCUAAACCCUAAACAUAAACCCAAACCCUAUAUCCUAAACCUGAAUCCUAGAUCCUAAAUCCAAACUGUAAACUCUAAAUCCAAAAGGUUUGAAUUUAAGUUUAAGGUUUACAGUUUCGUUUAGGAUUUAGGAUUUGGUUUGACUUUUGAGUUUACGGUUUGGGUUUAGGGUCUAGGAUUUGGGUUUACAGUUUGAGUUUAGGUUUAGGAUUUGGGUUUAUAGUAUGAAGUUUGGGUUUAGGGUUUACUAUUUGGGUUUAGGGUAUAGGUUUUGGGUUUAGUAUUUAAGGGUUAGAUUUAGAUUUAAGGUUUAGAAUUUAGAGUUUUCUUAGGCAUUAUUCUUUUUUCAACUAUUUUAAAAUUUUAAAUAAAAUUUAAUAUUUUUUUAUAAAUUAUCUAGUUUUAACUUUGAUUGGUGGUGACAGAGGUGGUGAAUUUAAAGGUUUACCAUAGAAGUGAUCCAAUUUAAAAUCAAUAAACCACAAAACUUUGGCCCCCUUUGGCCCUUUUCCACGAUCUUCUUCUGACUGUCAUGACAAAAAGAAAGCUGACUUUUGGCUGUUUCCUCUGUUCUCUGCCAUGGAAAGACAGAAGUCGAAGCUUGCAAAGAAUAAUAACAUCUCCGAUGAUGUAAGAACAAGCGGAGAAGGUUCGAUUACGCUUGAUCUCAUCCCAGAGAUACUCAAAGAUCUGCCUGUUAAAACCCUAGCAAGAUUCCUUUGCGUAUCAAAGCCCUGGUCAUCUAUUAUUCGCAACCGAGAUUUUGUUAAAUCGUACUUGAUCAAGUCGACGAAUCAUCCUCAAGGUCUCAUCUUCACAUUCAAGAGCAAACGUCACGGUAAACACGUCUUCUUCUCCUCGUCGAGUCAACGCCAAGAUGGAGGAGGUGAAUCAUCAUUGUCUUGCGCAGCAAGUUACCAUAUGAAAUGCCAUUCUCAACCCUACACAGCCAUUACUCCAUCUGUCCACGGUUUGAUUUGCUAUGGACCUCCUUCUAAGCUCAUGGUGUACAACCCUAGCACUAGACGGUCCAUUGCUUUGCCUAAUGUCGAUGCUCACAGGCUACGUAUGUACCACUACUUGGGUUAUGAUCCCAUCGGUGGUGACUACAAAAUGUUGUGUAUGAGUAGAGGCAUGCAUGCUCGCAGGGGACGUGGCUUAGCCCACAAGAUUCAAGUUUUAACAUUGGUAAAUGGGAGUUCGUGGAGGAUGAUUGAAGAUAGUCCUCCUCCUCACUCUCCUGAAUCACCUCAUAUAUGUAUAGAUGGUGUUUUAUACUAUGGAGGGUAUUUGGACACAAGUACUCGUCUCCUUCGUAAAGAUCAUGUAGUCAUGAGUUUUGAUGUUAGGUCUGAAAAAUUUGAUAUGAUCAAAGUACCAACAGAAAGAGCAACAAGGUUUACAAGAAUGACGAGAUACAAUGGGAAGCUUGCUCUCAUGUUCACUGGAUAUGGUGGAUUUGGUUGUGGUUACUCUGGCUAUAUCGAGUUGUGGGUUUUAGAGGAUGCUGCAAGACAUCAAUGGUCCAAUAAGAAUUUCGUUUUGCCUAGAUUAGCUUCCAGGGAUACCUUGUUUCAAGUAUUCUGUGCCAUUGAUGGUUCAGGCGAGUUUGUUUUGGCACCAGAUACUUUGCACCCACCAACGUUUUAUGUUAUGUAUUAUGAUCCUAACAACAAUAGCAUGAGAAGAGUCGACAUUGAAGGGAUCGCAGAUAAGAAGCUUCAGUUUUGGGAUGAUGACUCGGAUCGUCGCACAAUUUCUAUCUUCCCUGGUCAUGUUGAGAAUCUCUUGUUUCUCUAAGAGUGCUCCUGACAAUCCUUUUCUUUAUAGUUGUUCUUUUAUUUUUUUGUUGAAAAAAGAUAUUCAUCUUUAUGUGUGCGACAUGGAUUUCUUUUUUUUUUUUGAAUGAAAAAGAAAGAUAAAAAUGAAAACACACCCGGUGGUACUCAGAACCCACAAUCGUUUGAUUAGAAGUCAAACGCCUUAGAGCAACAUUAUCCCUAGCACCCCUAAUGGGGUGCUUAAUCAUUUUUUUAGUAUUAAAUUUGUGUUAAGCAUUUUAUUAAGAAACUUCUAAAAUUUGAUCCUCCAAUGCAAGGUGCUUAAUUUGGGGUGCUUAAAAAAAUAAAAUAUUAAACAUUGUUUUAUUUUAGAUAAAGCUUUGGUGGGUGAGUGUUUGUGGGUCUUUUGGUGUUUUGAAAGUUUUGGUGUUAUGACUUUGGUGUUUUAAAAAACUUUGGUGUUUUUGCUUUGGUUAUGUUUGGUGAGUCGAGAGAGAAGAAGCAUACAAGACUUUGUUGAGUCGAGAGAGAAGAAGCAUAUGAGACUUUGGUUAUGUUUGGUGACUUUGAAACCGUGAGACUUUGAUUAUAUAGAAACAAUCAUACUGUCCAUUACACUAUUACAAAAGAAAAAAAUACAAAGUACUACACUUGUGACAAUCACACUGUCCAUGGGAUGAUCAUCGUCUAUGUGGCAGCAGAAUAAAGAGAUGUUUACCCCAUUGAUAGUGUCCAUGCAAUGAUCAUCGUCUAUGUGGCAGCAGAGAGAGACGAUAUCAAAAUAGUCUGAGCAGAAGGGGCAAGCAUACUCUUCCCUGAACUCAUCUUCUCCCUCUACCUCCAUGUAAAGGCUCGGUUCUGUUGAAACCAUCAAUAAGAUUUACAAAAGCCACAACACGAAACUAUCAAUAAGAUUUGCAGAAUAUCUCUUUACUAACUAAGUUAAAGCCUCACCUUAGUCAUCGAGAUCGUGGCUGAUCGUCCCAUCGCCGGCGAUAAGCCCAUCGGAGAGGUUAGCGUUCUGGUGAAGGACGGCGGCGAGGAGGAGAAGACGGUGACGUACGCGGUGAGGCAAUCGAACCCAAUCCCUAUCCCUCGAGAUGAUCAAAGACGACGACGAGAUCAUCCCAGGAGAAGAGAUCAUCCCAGGAGAAGAGAUCAAUCACAGACAUUUUGGAAUCGAAAUCUACUGAUUUCAGGAAGUGGGGAGAGAGAUAGAGAUAGAGAUGAGAGAGAGGAGGAGAUAAGCGGCGUAUCUUAUUGUUCCUAAUUAAGCGACGGUGCUUGAGUUAAAAGGUCAGUGCCUUUCGCUUCAGGACCACGUAAGUAGACAAAUACACCUCAAUUUGUCAAUGAUUUCACCCCGUUUGUUUGAUUCAGAGUUAGUAGAAGAGACUUUUGAUGAAUCGAGAAAACAAAAGGAUAAUUAGGGUUUUAUUUUAAUUAUUUUGACCAUUGCAAUGUGCUCAAUUCCAUCAAGCAAUGACUUGAAGCAAUAAAAUGGUCCCAACAUUGUCGCCAGCAUCUCCUUUUUUCUUUUGGUACCUACCAAACAAAGUUUAAUCGAAAUCAAAGAGGAAAACAUCAGAAACUUAUAAUUUGGAGUUGUUCAUCUAAUCUAAACAUUAGUAGCUGACCUUGAAGUGUUGUAUUAUACCUGAUAAUGUUUUUUUUUUUAAAAUGUCCAUGUUAAAAAGUUAAAUUUGUAAAUGUAAUAAUAGUGUUUUUAGUUUUGCCCAUAAGAGUAUUUGUACUCCCUACACACAACUUUUUUCAUAUUUGCACUCGAUAUCCUAUUUUCCUUCAAUUUUUUUCCCCCCAUGACUACCAUUUUCCCCCAAUUCAAUGGUAUCCCACUCUUUUAGAUCCGCCACUGCAGACACACAUGCUCAUCAAGGCCUAAAUCUAAUGCAUUUCAUUAUAAGACACGACUAUAUAUAUAAUAUACACAAACUCAACACAUCUAUUAACAUCGUUUAAACAAAGACGGUGAAACAGCAGAGAAAUCUAUCAAUUACCAUCAAGGAAAAAGAGUCCGAACCACCGACAUAGUAAUCACUGUGCUUGCAGGUGAUCUUUCGCAGCUGACAUGGCAAUUAUGCAGAUAUUUUGUUCUUCUUUUUAUGGAUAAGCACGAGGAUGGUUCUCUUUCUCUCGGUGACGACGAGUCUUUUUCUGGAGUUAAUACGAUGUCGUAUUAGGUGGAAACACAUUCUCUCCAUAUCAGCAUUUGUCGGGGUUAACGUAAGCUGCCUUGACUCGUUUUUUUUUUCUUUUGCUGAAGUACUCGUCUUCUUGUUUAAGUUUCAUUGUACACGCCAUUUUGAUUGGAUACUGAUUUUAGUUACCGGGGCGGAUCUAAACAUCCUAAAAAUUUACGAUACCGGAUCUGUGGAUUUAAUAUUCAAAUUUGAAUCUUGGUCUCCGAAUAUGCGGAUUUUGAUAUUCGCCUAUAUAUUGUACUAUCCGCAUUCCGAUUCAUAAAAAUAAUUAUUUCUUAAAAAACUAUUAAAAUUGUAAAAUAAUGCGUAAAUUAAAUAUUGAUACAAAAUUUAUAAAUAUAAAUGUAUAUAAUAUUAUAAAUAUAAUUUUCUGUGUAAAUAUUGAUAUAUCAAAUAAAAUUAUUAAUAAAAUUUUAAAAUAAUAUAUUUUAAAAUAAUAUAUUUUAAAAAUACAGAUCCAGAUAUCUAAAUCUAAAAAUUAAAAUAUCUGAAUCUGGUUUUAACGGAUCCAAGAUUUAACUAUUUGGAUUCGAAUACCCCAAAUAUUCUAUGAUCCUACAGAUCCAAAACGGAUCUUUGAUCAAAUCUGAAUUCUGGAUAAUAAGUCUCAGCCUUAACUAUACUAUCAGAUCUUAAUUAUUUUUUUUCUAUGUAUUACCUCAAUUUUAUAUUUAAUAUUGUAUGAACUUUUUUCAUAAAUAGUACCGCCCAAAACGAAAAAUUCACUCUUGUUGCUGUCACCUAGGGCUAACAGCUCUCUCCUUUUCUGCAUUGCCACGAAAGUCAUCAUCCUAUAACUUAAUUUAAUAAUUUCUAGACGGAUUAGCGACAUAUAUCACAGCUUUUUAAAAAGGAUGAUUAUAUUACUAUGCGAAUAAAACAAAACGGUACCAAUAAUUUACAGUAUAUAAAAGUUCUAAACACAUUAGACUGGUUUUCACAGUUUUAGGUAUUGUCAUACUAGUUUCACUUAUAAUUAAUCAACCAAUUUUUGUCAGUUGGUUUAUAUACUAAACUAAAAAAUUGUUGGUAUUGUAGAAAAUAAUUAAUAGACGCAUAUAUUGAAAUCAAUCAAAUCAUACAAAAAGAUAUGUCGUCUCCUGCUCGCACUCUCUUUAGCUAGAGUACCAACAGGGAUAUUAAAUUAUUUCCUAAACAUAAAUUUUAAAUUUAUUUUUAAAAUUGUAAAAAAUUAUUGAUAUGCCUAAUGACGAUCAAUCCACUGAUUGUCGACUAUUUUCAAUAAAUUUACAUAAACUGUCUCAUAUAUAGCCGAAAAUAUAUUAUUUGUAUAACGAGAUUCUAAAGAAAGUUAUCCAACUCAGUUCACAUGGACAUGGUUGGAUGGUACGUCGAAUUUGAAACAGUGUAUAACUUGAAUAUUUACAUAGUUUGUUUUAUGGCCUUCGGGAUUAGUUGGAUUUACGGACGAGAUGACCCAAAUUUUAAAGAAAUAGGUUAUCUAACUCUGUAUGAAGUAAAAAGAAAAAACUCUGUAUGAAUAACUUGUAUGUUCAUAUAACAUCCUCGUACUACAAAUAUGGUUUAUCAUGUUUGUAUUUGUAUGUCCCUAUAACAUCUACGUACUAAAAGUAUGUUUUCUCAUGUUAUUUCUUCGACAUAAUCUUAAUCCGCUAAUUGGUCCAUACACGAUAGAAAAACAUAAAUUUAGCAAGUUGUGAUUAGGUAGAAGAUCACGAGGUAUCUCAUGGAGUCUCUAUUUUCUCUUAACAUUUAUUUUGGUUUCAAUUCUUUAAUUUUAUGUUUUUAAGGAAGCAUGUUAGCAAAUAUUCAUCGAUGAUUUCAAUAUAUGCGCGUCUAUUAAUUAUUUUCAUCUUAUUUAGAAGUAAUCUAGUUAUUAUAACAAUACUACUUUUAUGUAAUUGGACUUAUAUAGUGAAUACUGAACGAAAUUCUAUUUUCUUUAUUAAAUAUAUUCAAUUUCCAAAAAAGAACAUUUUUUUUACUGUAUUAUAAAGUUUUUUAGGCAAAAAAUUAUAAACAAUGAGAACUAGCAAAAUAAGUAUAGAAAUAAAAAUAUCAAUAUGAAUCUAAAAUAAAUUAAUAUACAUCUAUUUUGCGUAUGAAUGAUUAAAAUUUCUUUGUAUAAAAGCUUUAUAUUUACUAUAUUAAAAAUAACAGAGUCAAAAAAUUACCGUAAGAUUACCAAAAAGAACAUUUUUCUAGGGAGGUAAAUAGUCCCCACUCCCCAGUGGUAGUGGACUGGAAAUUCCUUUCCACGUAAAGCGUAAGCCGAGCCAAGACGAUUAGAGUAGGCCGAGCCAUCAAUCUCCAUUGUUUUUUUUUUCUUAAGAAAGUUUUUUAAUUAUUUUUUCUCACUCGAGUUCCAGUGAUACCGGAAGAAACCUUGAGGUAACUGGGUAUAGCCGGUGGACCCCCAAAUUGAAAUCAAGAAAUAUUGAAUAUUUUUGGUUUAAACAUUUUAUUUAC